AAAUCCAAGAGGCUUGUCAGGCGAUAACUGUCCAACCAAAUGGUAUAAAAGGUACUGCACUGACCAGUUGAAAGCUAUUCGUUUGUCGAUCAUCAUGAAAGUGCUUGUUGUCUUCGCCUUGGCCUUGGCCUACGCCUCCGCCGGAGUGCCCAUUGAGCCCCGUGAGGUGCCCAUUGAGCCCCGUGAGGUGCCCAUUGAGCCCCGUGAGGUGCCCAUUCAGCCUCGUGCGGUGCCCAUCAUGCCCCGUGCAGUGCCCAUCCAGCCCCGUCUCCUGCCCGCUGUCUCCUCGAUCGAGGGUCGCAUCACCAACGGCCAGGCCGCCGCCGACGGACAGUUCCCCUACCAGGUCGGACUAAGCUUCUCCAGCUCCAGCGGCAGCUGGUGGUGCGGUGGAUCCAUCAUUGACCACGAAUGGGUGUUGACCGCUGCCCACUGUACCAACGGUGCCUCCGCCGUGACCAUCUACUACGACGCCACUGUCCGUACCAGCCCCAAGCUGACUCACACCGUCUCCAGCUCCAACUUCAUUCAGCACGCCAGCUACAACUCGGUGGUCCUGCGCAAUGACAUCUCCCUGAUCAAGACCCCCUACGUCACCUACACCAGCAACAUCAAGAACGUUCCCCUGCCCAAAUUGGCCAGCUCCUACUCGACCUACGCCGGCCAGACUGCCAUCGCCUCUGGCUUCGGAAAGACCUCUGAUUCCGCCACCUCUGUUGCCAACCAUCUUAACUUCAUGGUCUCCACCGUUAUCACCAACUCUGUUUGCGCUGGAACCUACGGCUCCCUGAUCAUUACCAACGGAGUCAUCUGCAUUGAGACUGUCAAGUCCAUUUCCACCUGCAACGGCGACUCCGGCGGCCCAUUGGUUCUGCAGAGCGACGGAGAACUUAUCGGUGUCACCUCGUUUGUGUCUAGCAACGGCUGCGAAUCCAACAGCCCGGCCGGUUUCGCUCGCGUCACUCACUUCCGCGAAUGGAUCGAGACUAACUCUGGUAUCUAAGCAGCAAUAUUUAAAUAAAAUCGAUUAUUGAAUACAA